UUGCAAAAAGUGUUUUAAAUACCGAACUAUUUAAUGGUUGAUAUUAAUCUCUUAUGGUCAGAUGUAGAAUUAUAAUAACCGGGAAUACACUGAUGUGUCCAGGCACGUUUUGAGUUUCGGGGCCAAAAUAGGUUGUUGAAAAUGAAACCAUUUACUCACUUAUGAUAUGAUAUUUUAUGUAUGCAGACGAAACUGUUAUUAGUAAAAUGGAAUAAUACUACGAAAAGGCAAAGUUGAGAUUGACGUCAUGGCCAGUAGCAGCUUUUUGGGGGCCUCUGGAGGCAUGGGUUUAAAUGCAAGCCUUCCUCCAUUGCCGCCGUCCCCUGGACAAAGCUUGGCCCAAAAACUUCCCCAACUUGCAACAGAAACAGAAUUACAGAAAAUGUUGACUGACGAGCGAAUGAGGAGUCAAAUGCACAGAACAAAUUAUGAACAGUUAAAACAAGAGCAUAGAAGACUGCAGGAUGAAUACUCUAAACUGGAGGAUGAAAUUAAGCACACGAUUGAGGAGAGUAAGAUUGUGCAGGAGAAGUACAAGACAAUGUACGAACAAGCCAGGAAAGAUCUGACUUGUAAGUCGGAACAGCUGGAGGAUCUACGCAGCAAGGUGGUGACUCCCCAACGUUUGGAGAUCCUGAAGAUGCAGGUGGUGGAUGAUAUGGAGAGGACAUACAAAGAGAAGUACCACAGACAGGAAACGGAGCUGGAUGAGUACAAGUCCUCUUGUACUAAACUCAAGUAUGAGGUGGCCUUUGUUAAGUCUGAGUUUGAACAUGGCACACUGGAAAGCCAGCGCAUUAUUGAUGAACUACGGUUACAGCAUGAGGCAGAGGUGUCAAAUCUACGGAAGGAGCGAGAGUUGACCUUGACAAAGAUGAAGGCAGAGGGUACUCUGGACUCUGAGCGAGUGCGUGUCUUGCAACGCGAGAAUGCUCAAAUACACCUUAAGCUCAAGAGCUUAAGUACAGAAAUGGAGGAAAUCCAGGCUCAGCGAGAGAAACAGAGUUUUGAUGUGGACCACCUGAAUCGUGUGCAGGCCAAACAGAUCGCAGAGUUCACUGCAUCUAUCAAGGCUAUAGAGACCGAGAGGGAGUCUCUACGGAAACAGGUGGAGCAGCUCCAGCGUGACUUGUCUGGCACAGGAGACACUCACAACAAACUGAUCUCUCGCACACAUGAAGUGGAACGUGAAAACAUCCUCCUCAAAAACAAGGCAGAUGAGGUAUCUCAUAAGAGUAAGGUAGAUCUCACCAAUCUUAAGAUGGACAUGCUGAAACAACGGGGAGAUCUGGAGCGUGAUCGGGACAGACUCGCCAACCUCAUCGAUGACCUGACGACAAAGCUGGAGAUUUCCAAACACACCGUUGACCAGCAGUCUCGCAGUCUGGCUGAGAAGGAGAGGGAGGCUGCACGUCGUGUCCAGGGCGCCCGCGAGGAGGAGUUUGAAAAAUUCACAAGGCUGGAGAGUGAGAAACUUGCCAUGGAAACGAAAUUACAAGAGAUUGAGAGAAGAAAAAUUGACGAGGAAGCCCAGAAACAUGCACAGAGAGAGAAGACAGAGGAGAGGAUCCGGGCGGCCAUGGAUCAGAAAGAUAUCGCAGAGCGUGAACUUCUUGUGAUAAAAACAAAACUAACUCACUCACAGUCAACAUCAGACCAGCUAGAAAGAGAAAGGCGUGAAAACUCUGAACUGAAAAGUAAAGUGAACAAAGUAGAAACAGAACUCAGCAGUUACAUGGGAAAUGAACAUGAAAUGACUGAUGAAAACAUCAGAUUACGCAAUCAAGUAGAACUCUUAAAGGAGGAAGUGAAGCUUACAAAAGAUCAGUUACAUAGAAUUCAGGAUAACCACGAUUUAAUAGUAGCUCAGCAAAAAACGGCCUUCACGGACGACAGAACACAACUUGAAUUACGGGUACAUGAACUUGAAAACAAACUUGGCAUAGCCCAGAAGAAGUAUCAAAAGGCUUGCACUGUAUACAAGAAGUAUAAGAAACGUAGUCAGCAUGUCGUGGAGAAUACCCGGGACCGACUUCAACUGAUGGAGGCAAAAAAUGAAGAGCUGCAGUUGGAAAAGAAAGCUCUAGAGUGUUGUGUGCCACAGGAUACCUAUAACAAACUGAAGAAGCAGUGGAAAGACCUACAGAGACGUCACGGCGAGUUUCGUCGUUUCCUGCUCUCCACUGGAGGCUUACAGCAGGUAGCCAUAGGAGACAUGUCAUUUGGAUCUGUGAAUCUGGCAAUGGAUGCAACUAUCUUACCCAAUGUCAGCUUCACGGAGCAGGAGAGGAAACACCAGGAGGACAUACGUUUGCUCAAACAGCGUCUAGACGUUGUGGAUAGCAACCAGCAGCAUCAACUGGAGGAUUUGCAGGAGAUUGCCCACAGUACAUUUAAGGGUUCCCUGCCUGGCCUUGACGACCUGUCGGAGAGGCCACAUCCUCACACAGACAGGGAACUCGAUGAGAACAUCAGGGAAAGCAAAACAGCUGCUGUCGAUGAAGAUUUUGAUGAUUAUGAAGAUGAUUAUGAUGAUGAUGAUGACGAUUCAAACAGUGUUGAAAAAGCUGACACAGAAAAGUCUAGCUGAUGUGUUUCCUCUGUUCUAGGCCUGUUUUAUCUGUGAUAAUUAUCCGUCCCAUCAAACUUGGUGUUGAUGAUGGUGGUGUCGCGUACAUGUAUACUCAAUGUGAUCAUUUUUACGACAAACAUUUUCUAAACUUUUCUAUUACUUUAAUUUUUGUACUGAUGUUGGAAAAUGAUCAAUCAAAUCAACUAUUUUAACAGCGUUAGACAAACGUUGUUUUGUUGAAAUACUUGAAUCAAAAUUUGCAGUUAUCAAAACCCUGAUGUCACUGUGUGGUUUGCUCAAUCGGAGUGGGGUGACUAAUUUGGUGCAACGAUUUACCCGAAAGUUUUGACAUGACACGAGAAAAACAUACCAGAUUUUAUUGCUGUUACUGAUCAUGUCGUGUAAACUCUCCACAGGGUAUGUGUAUCUGAUUCGAUUUGAUAUUAACAAGUGUUAAAAUACAGCAUUAUGUUUUCAUAAGGUAUAUAUCAAGUGAAAAACGGUGUGCUUGUCGGUGAUUUUUGUAGUAUUUUCUUUUCAUGCGAGUUCCUAGUCCUGAACAUCUUUUUUCCAAAUUUUGAUGAGUCCCAUCACUGUAAGGUUAUUAUAUAGUGGAUCCUGCAAAAGUUUGGAGAGUCCAUCAGGAAAAACACAAGUCUGGGAUUUGAAUAUCUAAGUCCCCAAAAUGACUGUCUUGUACUAGAUUAGAAGGUAGUUGCUUUUCAAAAAAUAUGUAUCAAACCAUAGCAUACAUCAAUUUUGAAUUGGAAAAAUUACUGUGAACUAAUAUCAUUGAAUUUAAAACGUAAUCUACAUAUACUUACGUUUCCAGCUGUAGAGUUACCAAACACUGGUUCUGUAAUUAGCUUGACAUUAAGUGCUUAACAUUGCCAAACCUAUCUUGGAUCUGAUACUCCGUGUUUAUUACACGUCACACCAGCACACCUCAUUUCCUGUAGUUUUCAUUGCCUGUAAUAACUGUUAUUAUAGUACAGUAAUUUUCCUCCUAUGAUACCAGUAGCAGGAUGUAAGUCAACAUUUUUAGUGAUCAUUUAUCGGUUACAUUUUAUACAUCAUGCAGAUCUCUUAUUAUCAAUAUCUACUCAUUAUAUACUGCCAAACUAUUUAUUUAACUCCACAUAUCUUAGUAAAACUGAUUUGUGUCAGAUCAGGUAACUAGUGCAGAAAAACAAUUUUCUAUUAAAAUGUGAAGUAAAAAGAGUUUCCUCAUUUCAUACAAUUAUUUAUUCUUGUUUCAAAGUUUUCCUGUCCACACCCUUUAAGGAAUAAUUUUUGGCGCUUUUAUACAUUAAGUGGUCUCAAAAAAAAGGUACACAAACAUUUGAUCAAGAACAGCACUUUUGAUUGCCAUGUUAUUGAACAAGAUGUGCAUCUGCUUGGCUUGCAAAGAUAAUUGUUUUGAAAUCAAGUUUCAUUGAGCAUUACAUUUCCAACAUCUGUUUUGAUAGCUGUAUUUCCUUUCUACCUACUACAUAUAUUUAUAUACUCAAUGUUUACACUAUACAUGUCCAUGUUGUAUAUUGUGAAUUUAAGUCAAUAAAUUAUAUAUUACUAC